UGGCUUGAAUGGACGACAGUUUGCAAGUCUCCGCAGUUAGCCAGAUGCUGUUUACCCGCGGUGGAGAAACUAAUAGCUGAAAAGAGACUGUAAUCCAGUUUAGAACAAAUAAACUGCCAAAAUGAAGGACGAGAAUUAUUUGGAGAACAUGAACAAGAUUCUUCAGGAGGCUCCAGCUGCUAGGAAGGCUCUUCUCGACAAUUACGAGAAUCUCUUUAAAGUGGCCGAAUACUGCGAGAAUAAUUACAAUAUGGGGGUGGACACAAACCGAGCGGUGGAGGAGUCCAAGGCCUACGCCAACCAGGCUCUGGCCAGCGUCUCCUACCAGAUCAACCGCCUGGCCAGUAGCGUACUCCACUUACUGGACACACAGACCUCACAGCUCAGCAAAAUGGAGUCCUGUGUCUUUGUCAUCAAUCAGUCGGUUAACAUGCACAAGGAGAAGGUGGCCCGGCGGGAGAUCGGCCUUCUCACCGUGGAGGCCAGAGUACCCCGCGGCAAAGAAAUAGUCCCUCCCGAGUCCCCUGUUGUGGUGCCCGAGUACAAACGCACCCCGAUAUCCUACGCCAUCCUGGAUUACCUGGGUCACGGAUUAUGGGAUGGUGGAAAACCACCGGAGAAACCACCGACCACUGCGCCAGAGCAGCCCAGCACCACCCCUGUGAUUGACCCUGGUCACAGGGCUGCCUAUGGCAUUGCUGUAGCACCUCCAUCUGUGCCCACUUGGAGUCCCAAGGAUACCUCGUCUGCCCCUGGGUCCUCGUGCCCACCACCUCCUCCUUCUCCCAGCUCCUCUGGUGUUCCACCUCCUCCUCCUCCUCCUCUGAAUGAUAGCAUGGGUAGCAAUGUUCCUCCUCCACCACCUCCUCCACCCAGCUCCUCUGGUGUUCCACCUCCUCCUCCUCCUCCUCUUCUGAAUGGUAGCAUGGGUAGCAAUGUUCCUCCUCCACCACCUCCUCCACCCAGCUCCUCUGGUGUUCCACCUCCUCCUCCUCCUCCUCCUCCUCCUCCUCCUCUUCUGAAUGGUAGCAUGGGUAGCAAUGUUCCUCCUCCACCACCCAGCUCCUCUGGUGUUCCACCUCCUCCUCCUCCUCCUCCUCCUCCUCUUCUGAAUGGUAGCAUGGGUAGCAAUGUUCCUCCUCCACCACCUCCUCCACCUGCUUUUGGGGGUUCAAGUGCCUCUGUACCCCCACCUCCUCCUCCACCACCACCACCACCACCACUUGGUUCAACAGGUGUUCCUCCACCACCUGGUGCAACAGCUAAUUCUGUCCCCCCACCCCCACCACCACCACCACUUGGUUCCACGGGUAAUAACCUCCCCCCACCUCCUCCACCUCCCCCUGGGAUGACUAGGACCGGCAUUCCUCCUCCACCUCCUCCUCCUCCUCCUCCUCCUCCACCAAUGUAGACUAGAAAGACUCAGAUCCACAAGAGCUGGAAGACACAGCUGAUCAAAUGAAAACAAAGUAUAACUAACUGCUGGUACGCCUGAUACAAGUUGCCACUGAUGAAACACUGGCCAAUGUUCCAACUACUAUUAAAGGUGCAGUCAGCGAUCGUACGAUCGUUUCGAGCCCAUUACAUUAUUGUCAUAUUCAGCAAUCAUCUCCUCGUGAUCAGCUAGCUGCCACAAAUACACUGUAAACCAAAAGCAAGGCCUCUGUAGGCGGCCAAGGCUCCGGAAAUUGGAAACAAAGUCGGGG